GUUGUAACACCUCCUGAACGACGAUAGGUGGCGCCAGCGUCAAGGUGCUGUUUUAAUUCACGAGGAAGAGCUCACACAAAAUACGGAAAUGCCAGCAAACGAGUUCGCCAAAAUGAAGACGUCAGAUGAAACAUGUUUUUAAAAGUGUACAGUUGUGCGCGUGUUUUUAUAUAAGAAACGGGUUAUUUUAACUUUACAAUGUUCGGGAGCAAGUCUUACCAGCUACUUCCUCAGAGUAACCCGAGAACGUCGAGGACUCCUGGACUGUUUGUGUCCGGCGACAGCUUCUCGCAGCCCGGCUACCUCAGCAAAGGACUCUCGUUCGAUUACAUCCCCAAUGUUUCUGAGAACGACUUCAGUGAUAGUUCCCAGGGAUGGCUGUCCUGGAUUUGCAAUCAAAUUGUCAUCUUCCUCGUACACAUCUGCACCUUUAUAACCUUUCCCAUAACGGGAUGGUUUGUAUUAAAGACUGUGCCAAACUACCAGAGGAUAGUGGUCUUUCGCCUGGGUCGCGUCUGUCCUCCAAAGGGUCCUGGUACUGUCCUGCUGCUGCCCCUCAUUGACCAGUGGCAGAGGGUAGACUUGCGCACGCGUGCUUUCAAUAUACCUCCAUCUCAGGUGAAUACCAUGGAUGGUGGCCUCCUGUCUGUAGGUGCAGACAUUCAGUUCAGAAUUUGGAACCCAGUUUUGUCAGUGGUGUCAGUUCAGGACAUCAACGUCUCUACCCGGAUAACCGCACAGAACGCUUUAACUCACAGCCUUACCAAGAAGACGAUCAGGGAGAUUCAAACGGAGAGAGUGAAACUUGGAGAAUAUCUUGGCAUGGACAUAAAUGAAAUGACUCGACCAUGGGGCCUGGAGAUCGACCGGGUAGAAAUUACACCAGGAUCUCUUCUUAAAGCUCCUGAGGGUGCACCUUCUGGACCCGUCAUGGUUCCUCCCUCUGUACCAGGCAUGGAGGGUCUCGCCGGCCCCCUUCAGCAGCUGGCCAUGCACUUUAUUAGCAACAGCUCGCAACAACAAGAGAGCAGUGUCACCUUUAUAGAUGAGCAGACACCUCAGACAUCUGUUGAAGAGCUGCUCCACAAGGUCGACCGUGUCCUCUCUGAAGCUUUGGUGAACCAGGUAGGCGCUUGCUUCCAGUUUGACAUCAGCUCAGAAGAUGGACAGCAUCACAGCUACUAUGUGGAUUUGAGCCAAGGCUGCGGUGCAGCUGGAGAGGGGCCCCUGUGUGGAGAGCCUGACGUAACACUGACCAUGUGCGAGGACGACCUACUGGCCAUGUUCCAGGGUAGGCUGGGACCAUUUGCGGCUUACAGCCGUGGUCGACUUCAAAUUCAGGGAGAUGUGAGGACAGCUAUGAAGUUGGAGGAACUAAUAAAGCUGCUCCAGGAAUAAUGUUUGAAUGUGAUAUUCAUUGAUUGUUUAAGUUGAUGUGAAAACAUCAUUUUUUGUAUACAUGAUUGCUAUAAAUGGCUUUUUCCUUUUAUAGAGAUUCUUUGUGAUCAGCUUUAUUUAAAGGCCUACUGAAAGCCACUACUACCAACCACGCAGUCUGAUAGUUUAUAUAUCAAUGAUGGAAUCUUAACAUUGCAACACAUGCCAAUACGGCCGGGUUAACUUAUAAAGUGCAAUUUUAAAUUUCCAGCUAAACUUCCGGUUGAAAACGUCUAUGUAUGAUGACGUAUGCGUGUGACGUCAAUCGUUGAACCGGAAGUAUUGGUACACCAUUGUAUCCAAUACAAAAAGCUCUGUUUUCAUCUCAAAAUUCCACAGUAUUCUGGACAUCUGGGUUGGUGAACCUUUUGCAAUUUGUUUAAUGAAAAAUGAAGACUGCAAAGAAGAAAGUUGUACGUGGGAUCGGUGUAUUAGCGGCUGACUACAGCAACACAACCAGGAGGACUUUGAGAUGGAUAGCAGACGUGCUAGCCGCCGACCUCACCUUGACUUCCUCCGUCAGAUGAGGGCUGGCGUAGGUGGAUAGCUAAUGUUUUUAGCAUAGCUCUGUAGAGGUCCCGUUGCUAAGUUAGCUUCAAUGGCGUCGUUAGCAACAGCAUUGUUAAGCUUCGCCAGCCUGGAAAGCAUUAACCGUGUAUUUACAUGUCCAUGGUUUAAUAGUAUCGUUGAUUUUCUGUCUAUCCUUCCAGUCAGGGGUUUAUUUCUUUUGUUUUCUAUCUCCAUUCAAGCCCGAUGUGCUAUCACGUUAGCUCCGUAGCUAAAGAGCUUCGCCGAUGUAUUGUCGUGGAGAUAAAAGUCCCCGUGAAUGUCCAUUUCGCGUUCUCGACUCUCAUUUUCAAGAGGAUAUACCGUAAUUUCCGGACUAUAAGCCGCACCUGACUAUAAGCCGCACCAGCUAAAUUUAGGGGAAAAUACAGA